CUCACGCCUGACGGCUGACGGUAGCGUUGGAUAGCCGAUAAUUCGAUUGGCUUCAUGCCGGACAUGUGUUAGUCUGCGUUAGGCUUCGUAGUUGCGCGCUUGGCGUUCUCCUGUUCGAUUGUUUCAUAUUCGUAGUUUCUAUCGUCCUCCACCUUGGCGAGUUUCACGGCGUCGGCGUCGAUUACGACGAAAAUUCGCGAGACGCACAUAUAUACGCAAUACCGACAGACGUCUCGUUUUUUUCGCAAAACAGCUGAAAAUAGCAAACCCAACGUUAUUAAGGAAUUCUGUUAUCUUUUAUGUGGCCCUUGUAAUCGGCUAUAGUUGUACCUGUGUGUAUGUGUGUGUCUGUAUGUGUGUGUUGAGUGUGUGUGUGUGUGUAUAUGUAUAUGUGUAUGAGGGCGCGCGAACGUGAGACAAGGGAAAACGACAACGGCGUCUAUCAGCGCGUCUCCUAAGGGAUUUUAGAAAUAAAAAAUGAGCCAGACAUAUCAGGAAGAAAGCAUGGACAAGAAAGAAAUCGCCGAGGAAGAGAGAGAGAAGAUGCUGAAUGCUGAAAACACUAAACAUGCCAGCAUCGCACCUGCGCCCGAUGUUGAAUCCGAGGAGCAGAAACCGAAGAAAAUACCGAUCGGUGGCAUCAAGAUGCCCGGAUUUUGCCGUACGAAGAGCAAGGAACCAUGCAAGAAUGAUGUGGCUAAACCGACGGAAUCUACGGAUGCAGAAUCAGCUUCCGUGGUGGUAAAGGAAAGCGAGCAGAACACUUUGUCCACGGAAAAGCCUAUACCCAUUAAAGAUUCUAAGGAAAAGGAAGGACGAAGGGGAAUUUUGAAUUCCAUUCGGAUACCUUUGAUGUCGUCCGUUUUCUCCAGAAGAAAAAAAGAAAUCGAUACCGAAUUAGGACCAACCGGUACUGCUGGAUUAGCGAGUGUCGAAACACUCGACGAUGGCGUUUCUGAAAAGAGGCCUAUCGUCGAUGAGGAUGGCAUGGAAACUGUGCGACUUGAUGAAGAAGAUGAAGACAGCAUUAAGCGACCAAAGCAUCCCCUAGUGAUCUAUCUAUCUACAUACAGGACACACGUAUCCGUCUCAGUGGCGACUUUGCUGAUGCUGGUCGGCAUCAUCGUUAUUAUAUGUAUCGUCUGCGUCGGACCUAGGAGAAUUUCUACCAAACCUUUGAAGAACGACAAAUAUGUCGAAGCAGUGACGUCUUGCGGACUGGUGCAAGGUAUCUUAGAGGAUGGCGCCUACGCAUUCCGUGGUAUUCCAUAUGCAAUGCCACCGAUGGGCAAUCGUCGCUGGCAACCAGCUGAAUCUUUGAGCCGCAUCGAGCACUGCUGGAACGGCACUUAUUUGGCGCACAACUCGUCCAAGAGCUGUUGGCAGCGUGAUAUACAUGGUCUCAUCGACGGCGUCGAGGAUUGUCUCUAUCUUGAUGUAUUUACACCAAUGGUUGGAUAUGAUUUUCCGUUACCCGUGGUCGUAAUGAUCGGCGCCGAAACCUUGAGUGGUGGUUCGCCCGGAGUGAUGCAACCUUCUGCCAAGCUGUCACGCGUUCGCGAUAUCGUAUUCGUACGGCCAAACUUCCGAAUGGGAAUUUUCGGAUUUUUGGCGGUCGAACCUCUCACCAGAGCGACCCACCCUCCAACAUCGGGCAACUAUGGAUUGUCAGAUAUCAUAACAGCUCUUCAGUGGAUACAGUUAAAUAUUGAAAACUUCGGCGGUAACAAAUCCUCCGUUACUCUGUGGGGACAUCGAGCAGGCGGUACUCUUGCAACGACAUUGAUCGGCUAUCGUCGAGCUAAGAGCCUUUUCUCGAAAGUGUGGAUAUCCAGCGGUAGCGCGAUCUUCCCAGGCAGGGAAUUAAAUUUAUCUGAAGACAUAAACCGACCAUUCCUUGAUUCAAUUCGUUGCAGCGACGCUGCCUGUCUCAGAAGCAAGAGUGCCGAAGAUCUGAUGGAUGCUGUGCCAGAGUCGUGGUACGUAGGUACUGUUGGUCUGCCAGAAAUGAAAGAAGACUCGAGCAUCUACAUGGAAAGGAGACAUGAGUGGCUCGUUUUGGACGGAACGAUUCUUCAGGAGCAUGUCGGUGAAAUUUUGUCGAAGGACAAUCUUAUGAUAAAGGUAGUGAUGGGUACCACCGCGCACUCCGGUACCCCGCUGCAAUACCUGUCAUCAAAUGUCACUCUUAAUGCGACACAAGUCGAAAAUCUCGUACGAGAAUCUUUGCUUGGAACUAGAGGCUAUACACAUGAAGCUCUGAGACACUACAAUGCUACGUUGAAGGGAUUGGUCACAAUGAUUUCCGAUAUUCGUGUAGUAUGCCCGCUAUUGACGCUCGCCAGGAUGAACACCAACAUACCAUUUUACGUAGCCAUUCAACCACGCCGACAGCAUUUGGCCGAUCCUGACAGUGACGCCGCGGCCAUUCUAGGAACCUAUGGUGCUGUUACACCCGAGGAGAAGAGACAUGUAACAGCUAUGCAACAAUUAUUUAACCAUUAUGUGUGGCAUAAUGAAAUCGUACAGGCUGAUCGGUCAGGCGCGAAGAGAGUCUUGAUUGUUGGUCAAGACCCACUGCUCGCGCAAAGUUAUUCGAGUUGCGAUUUUUGGAUAAAUAAAAACAUCGUACCUAAGUGUGGGCGGGUCGAUUAAAAGGCUUUUAUUAUCGUCGUGCAAGUUUAUGUAGAUCUGUAAAUUUGCACUUGCGCGUAGUGUGACGCGUAUUGUCCAUUGAAUUCCCGCGGACGCUAAUUUUCACAACACAAAUACUUUAACUUAUUUUAAACUUUGACUAUUUUAGAUGCGAUAAACGUUCAUUGAGAUUAUGCAAGAUAAUGCGAUAAAUGUUCAUUGAGAUUGUGCAAGACGAUCAAAGAUCAUGCCUUUGUGGACAUAUAAUAGUACCUGUUUAAUCAUGACAAUUAAUUAAUGUAAAGCCAAAAUAUAAAAUAGUAAUUUUUUUUUUUUUUUUUUUUUUUUUUUUUUAAAGAGAGGUGAAGAAAUUUAGUAGAUAUCCGUAUAUGCCGACGUGAAUUCGUUCUCAAUGCUAAAAUAUGACAAUAUUUUGCAACGAGAAACAUAUGUUAUUCUUUAUGUCUGAGACAAACGUAUGUCUGGCCAUAAAACACGUGGACUUAUCUGUAUGUGUAUAAAUGUAAAUCAAAUUGUAACAUAUUUAUAGGGCAGCAAAGCUUACCGAAAAGAAAAUGCAUAGGGGGGCACAAGUAUAGAAAAGAAAACGAUCGAAUUAACGACAUAAAUUAUACGAGUGUAUAUUCUUAUAAAACGUAAGCAAAUGAAUACGAAAAAGAUAAAAGGAGUGACGAUCUUCAACAACUUUUUAAUAGCGAACAAUAGCAUAAAUUCGAUUGAAUGCACUUAGUACUUAUUGAUGCAGUACUUAUUAAAGUCGUCGUACACAAAUUGACAUAAAAAUAUUUAUUUAAUAUAAAUAUAAAAACGGAACUAUAAAAUCUUUAAUAUAUUUUAUUGUGCUAUUAAAUAAAAUCUGUAUUUUAUAAUUCAAAAUAUUUAUAUUUUACUUUUACAGAUUAAAUCAAUGUAGAACGACUUUAUUAUUUACUAGUAACCACUAGUGCGUUCAAUCGAGUUGGCUAUAAGUCAGUCGCGUUGGAUGAAAAUUUCUCAAAUUCGGAAAUAGGAUAUAAUUGAAAUUUUUCGUUAUGUGUAAUCGUACAGAUAUCUUAUUCUUCAUAUUCUUAAUCAUUCUUAAUCAUAUUCACCUCAUGUUAUAGACGUAAUGAUAGAAUAAAAAAAAGUCUCAGAAUAUAAAUUAUUGAUGGAUUAUCGGUGCACUUUGAGAACGAGAACGAAUUCGUAUUCCUGCACACAACGGAUCAUGCUCUUCUGAUAUGAAAAAUAUUCUUAGAUCAGGAAGGUUUGUCUCUUAAAGAGAACACCAGUGGAACAUCCAUUGCAUCGCGUUUAUGGAAGCAAUAUCCUAUCGGACGGAAUUGCUCAUCAAUAGUUUCUUCUUUUAUACGAAAUAACAUACAUUUUAUUAUCGAUAUUUUUUUUUACAUAUUUAUAACUUAUUGUUAGAGAAAGCAAUAUUCUCUUGUUCUCGGCGAGAGAAUCGCAGACUGAACAAAUAUUAUACAUGAGUAGUAUUUAUCUUAUUCAUUUAAGGGGUACUCAUGGAGGCUUUUAUAUUAUUCAGACUGAAGCUGCCAAAUUUAAUACCUUUUAUACCGCGAAUUAUCCACUCGAAUGAUAAAAAUUCUACUAUUGCAUAAUAUUCGAAUUUCGCGCGUAUAAAAGAUAACGAGUGACGUUUGCAAGUCACAAAAGCUUUCUUUAGCCCGGUUCCUCAGAUAUCAGCACUUUGAUACCGAACAUGAUUGAUAAAAAAAGAGUAAUGGGGAUAAAUUUUAUUUCUACGUUAAUUCCUUUUUCGUCAAUCGGUGUGAAAGCGCAGAUAUCAUCUGCAUGAGGAUUCGGACUUAUAUAUCUUUCCUAAACGCGGCUUAUAUCCAAAAAAUGAUAAUAAUCUUGAUAUUCUUUUUUGAUCGUUUUAAUUUAUAAUUAUUACUCAAUAUAUUAUUAAGUGUAAUUUAUUUUCAUUAAUACGUGAUAAAGUAGCACUUAUACUCAAGAAAUCUGUACAUGUUGUUUUAUUUUAGAUAGAUUAUUUGCAUAAUUAACUAAUUUCCAUUAUCUUAACAUUAUCUAUGUGAAUAGGACAACGACUAGGGCGUGGAAAUUCGAGCACGAUCAUGGGCGCACGCGGAAAAUUGCUGUGCGUUUUGUUUGUGUUGAAUAGUUCAUACAUCUAGACGAAAUGUUGCGAUCUCACUUCAGCAAGCACUCACGUGCACAGCGGUCCACCGUGCUCUGUGAUUGUGCCCGAACUUCUGUGCCUUAACAAUGACAUUCGUAACAAGCAUCCGUUCUGACUGAUUGCGAGUGAAG